CGAAAUUAUCCGGACCAUUCGACAUUUUCCUUAAGGCCUGAAUUCAUAAUAUAUCUUAUGACGGGGUGAUCGCUCUCGAAGAGCACGAAUCCUAAUCUGUUGUGCAAAUAACUUAUUAAUGUAAUAAACCCCCGUUAUGAAGAAGUAUAUACAGCGAUGACGGUAAUUACAGCCCGAAUGAACGCAUUUGACCAGAACUUUUCCAUUUGCAAUAAAUAUCAAGCACUAAAGCUUCCUGGAUUUUGUUUUAUGUAUUCACCAUCGUAUUUUUGGUAUCAGUUCUACAGUAUUUCUAUCUAUUCCUUGAAAAGGCUUCAUCAAAAUCCGACAUAUUCGGCAUGAGGUAAUCUCGGUGCUUACCGGGGAAUUGCGGUGGUUUCGGUAUGAUGAUCGACUACUAUGGCGGGAAUCAAAUACGUUAACAAUUCAAGCAAUGUUUAACGAACUGAUCGCUCAUGUCACCAAGCGUUGCAGAUCUUCAAAAUGAAGCUGUCUCAAAAGCCAAAAAAUUUAAGGUGAAAUAAGCCACUGGAUCAUUUUAUAUUGCACAAUGGUUGUGGUACCAAAUAAGAAGAAAGUUAGUGGGGAGCCAGGACAUGCUGUGUCACUUGACAGUCCCAGUGUCUUUAACAACUUUCAUGAUGUUUCUCCUCAAGACAUCUUAAAGAACCUUGAGGUUGAAAGAGAUCAUGCACUGAGUGUGAUCUCUCCUUUAGUUGGAAGACCAAAUUUUGAAAGUACAACAUUGUUGGUUAACUCCCUAUCAGAUCACUUCUCUGAAGCAUGUUUAGAAAAUGGACGCCGCAGGGGAAAGUCAAAUGAUGAUGCUCAUCACAGAAAGCUUAAAAAUAUUGUCUAUACCAAUUUAUUGUCAUAUCGAAAAGAAUAUUUUGUUGGGGCUGUAGAUCAACUAUCAAAUAUCAAAGCCAAUGAAGUUGAAAAUUUGAUAUGGAUGACUCAUAUCUUUGUUCUGCAACGCAGAUUUGAUGAUGCCAACUCUCUCAAUAAGUGUUUGGACACUUUGAAAAAGGAUGGAUACCUGGAGACUGGCAGUGAUAUGCGUCAGGUGCUCAAAUUUCUGGUAGCACUGAAGGGGUGUGGAGGUAAACAGGAAAAUGUCCAUCUUCCUGCAAAGAUAAUGCCACGAGUUAUAACACCAACAGUGGAUCUCCCAAGAUUUUUACCUAAGGGUCCUUUGAACUAUGGUGAUACGUAUGAGUAUUCAGCACAACACCGGUUUCACUUCACUAAUUUUACGGCAGAUGUUUUCAAGAUUUCAUCUGAAGAAGCACAAGGUUGCAGAGAUGAUGCAUCAUUACCCAUCUCAAAGGAUCUGUUAGGUUUAACAACUGCUCCACCUGGCACUGGCAUAAAUCCAAUGAUCUUCCCCAAAGAUGAAUCAGAAUCAGCUGGAAAGUAAGAACACUGUUUAAUA